AUGGCGAUGAUGAUGACUGGCCGUGUGCUGCUGGUGUGUGCCCUCUGCGUGCUGUGGUGCGGUGCCGGCGGUGUUUAUGCGAGGGACGUUGACACCAACGCACUGGGCGGCUGCAUGGGGUCGGGAGUGUUGGGUGAGAAUGGAUCCCACAUGCCUGACGGAUGUAAUAAAACUGCGAUUACGAUGCCUUUGCGGUCAGUACUGCCCAUUACUGCCGUUGAAGCUUCGGCUGGAACAGAUAAUACUGCCGUUGUAAUACAGAACGAUUCGCAUUCAAGUGAGACUUUUAACGCUGGUGCUUCUGGUGGUCCUGCUGGUCCAGGGGCUCCUGAUGUUGGUGGUGGUGGUGAUUCUGGUGGUGAAGGCAGUUCUGGUCCAGGGGCUUCUCCUCCCGUUCCUGCUGCUCCCGCUCCUGGUCCUUCUGGUGGUGCUUCUUCUGGUGAUUCUGGUGAUGGUGGAAAUUCUGGCGGUGGAGGCGGUGGUGCUGCCGGGGCUUCUGGUGGUGGAGGCGGUGGAGGAAGCGGUUCUGGUGGUGGUGGCAGUGGAAGUUCUACUGAUGAUCAUGCCACCGGCAGCGUUCCUUCUAGUUCUUCUCUUGCUUCUCCUCCCGCUCCUGCUGCUCCUGGUGAUGGUUCUGCUGGUGGUCAUGACACCGGUGGCGUUUCUUCUGGUUCAUCUGUUCCCGCUCAUCCUCCUCCUGCUGCUCCUCCUGCUGCUGCUCCUCCUGCUGCUCCUGUUGUUGACCCUUCAGCUGGCAGCAGCGGUGGUAAAGCGGGGUCCUCAGGCAGUCAUCCAACUAACACAACAGGGGACUCUUCAACAGGAGAUCAGACGUCUGCUGCAGCAGCGGCUAACGACUCCUCGCCAGCCGAAGGACCGGCAGGGACGACAUCCGGCACUGAACACACACGACAAGAAGAAGAAAAAGAGGAAGAGGAAGAAGAAGAUCAUGAAAAGCAGCAGCAAAGUGAUGAAACACAAGUCCAACAACAUCAACGGCAUGAACACCCCGCGGAAAAUGGCGAAGAAUCCGCGAAAGAUAAAAACGCCCUUCGUACAAAUGCCACCGCAAAUACCGGCGACAGUGACAGCAGCACCGCGGUCUCCCACGCCACCUCCCCUCUUUUGCCUCCUCUUCUUGUUGUUGUUGCGUGUGCGGCUACUACUGCUGCGGUGGUGGCCGCGUGA